GAGGUGAGUAUGAAAUUCUGUGUCCCUCAGGUGGUGACAGGCUCAGGGCUGGACAGCCAGAAGUCAGAUGAAGAGUACCGGGAGCUCUUUGACCUGGCCCUUCGAGGCCUGCAACUUCUAUCUAAGUGGAGUGCCCAUGUCAUGGAGGUGUACUCUUGGAAGUUGGUUCACCCCACAGACAAGUUCUGCAACAAGGAUUGCCCGGGUACAGCGGAAGAAUACGAGAGAGCCACACGCUACAAUUACACCAGCGAAGAGAAGUUUGCCUUUGUGGAGGUGGGUGCCGAUGCUCUGCUCUCCCCGUCUACCCCAGACGGCAGCUCCCUGCAGUUCCUGAGUUCUUUUGAUCACCCAGAAAUGUUGUCAUUUUAACUUGCUAACCUUUUCUGACUUUUCCCGUCUAGGUUGUUCUCUGCCAAAAGUAACUAAGAAAUGAUAGAUCCAGCUAGUUUCAAGUUCUAGCAUUGACUCUGGAGGGUUCCUGAGGUCCUGCCCCUAGUGGAGGAGCAGCUGCUAGUUGCUGGGGUGGUCAGAGUCAUUUUUCUUGGGGAGCAUGGCCGUUGGUUGGUUCCCCCAAGCCCCAGUGGAUGAUGUCAUGCCCAUGUGUGUAUGGGCAGCGCCGACUGGACUCACUGGGUUAAAAUAUAAUAAGUAGAUGGAUAAAUAAGUGCUUAUGAAAGAAUGAUCUGAAAUUGGAAGGGAGGGCCAGAGCAAGGUUAGGGUGGGAUAGGAAUGGAUAUAAUCAAAAUAUAAUGUGUCACAGCUAGGGU